AUGUGGGCCCAGCCUGGCACAGGUGCGCAGGAGCAGACCUGCAGGGACUUCGGGGUGAGCCAGGCCAGAGGCCGCUGUAACUUAGCCCGUCAGCCCACACCUUGUCCAGUGCCUUGCCGGUUCCAGCCUGGGUUUGGGGCAGAAAGCAAACAAGAUCAUGUUGGCGAAGGUGGGACCUGUGCUGUGGAUGAUGCUCUGUACAAGCUGCCCACCACCCUCUCCACCCUCAGUCUGGAGGCGACUACAGGAACCUUCUCCAGAUUCUUUGUCUGGCUCCAGUCUCCCGACACGGGCGAGCUCUUGGACACAGUAGCUGCCUUCUCGGUAGCUGUCGAUGCUAUUUCUGUGGAAACCACGAAGGAUAUUCUUCAGGCUGCUCGAGGAAGUAGUGUCACCCUCCCAUGUACCUACGGCACUUCCGCUUCAGACCGUGAAGGAUUUAUUCAAUGGGAUAAGCUUCUCCGGAGUGAAACGGAAAGAGUGGUCACUUGGAAUUUUUUGACGAAAAGCUACAUCUAUGGGACCCGCUACGAGAACCGUGUGAAAAUAUCUAAGGAUGUUGACCGGUCAGACGCCUCCGUCACCAUUGACCAGCUGACCAUGGAUGACAAUGGGACCUACGAGUGCUCCGUCUCACUCUUGUCAGAUCUGCAGGGUACCUCCAAGGCUCGAGUGCGGCUCCUGGUCCUCGUGGCACCCUCCAAGCCAGACUGCAGCAUCGAAGGGGAGGUGGUGAUCGGGAACGACAUCAAGCUGACGUGCCUGUCUGCAGAGGGCUCUCCCACCCCACAGUACAGCUGGUCAAGCUACAACACCCAGAACCAGUCGCGGCCAGUCACCCAGCCAGUCUCAGGCCAGCCCUUGAUUCUGAAGAACAUCAGCACGGAAAUGGCGGGCUACUACAUCUGCACCUCCAAGAACGACGUGGGGGUGCAGUCCUGCAACAUCACCGUGAUUCCCAGACUUCCUUCCAUGAACAUCGCGCUGUAUGCGGGCAUUGCCGGGGGUGUGUUUGCGGCCCUCAUCAUCAUUGGCAUCAUCGUCUACUGCUGCUGCUGCCGGGAAGAGCAGGGCAAAGAUGAGGCCGUGCAGGGCGCAAGGCCAAACCGAGCCGCUUACCAAGAGCCUCAAGCGAAGCGGACGGAAAUUUCCAGAGGAAGGGACGAGGAAGACUACAGGCAUGGGGACCAGAGGAGCUCAGGGCGGAGCUCUCCAGAGCAGCCCUUCCAGUGAAGCGGCCAUUGCCCGAUGGGAGAGGAGGGCCAGGGCCCAGUCUCCCGCUUCUGGCCUGGCCUCUUUCCUCUCUAGCCCCACAGUCCCGCCCCGCCCCAGCCACUGGUGAAGCGCUUCUUGUGUGUGUGUGUGUGUG